ACAAACAGCUGGCGGUAGUGCUAAUUGCGCGUGUGCAUGAGCUAAAAAUAAAUUUUAUAAACAAACCGUGUAUUUACUGUAUGGUGUUGCACACUGUGGUGUACUACACGGAGAAUUAACAAUCGGACGGUCAGUCCACUUACGUGCGUAUUCUGGCACUGUUGUCCAAGGACUACGUGUAGUCAGUAUUCACUGUUACUACAAAUCAAAGACAAUGGAGACAGAAGGGAAUUUUCCGACUGACAGAGGGUGGUCAUGGGUUGUACUGUUUGGGACAAUGACAACAUGUUUCCUGGAAAUGGGCACGUUUAAAUCCUUCGGGAUUUACAUUAACGCGUACCUGGAUGAGUUCAAUGUCUCCGUCACAGUGGCGUCGAUGAUCUCAGGAAUAUUCUCAAUUACAUUUUGCUUUGCAGCUCUGCCCGUGACUGUCUUUGGCACUGAAAAGUUUGGAUGCCGUCCCUUUGUCAUAUAUGGAGGAUGUGCGCUUUUUGUUGGUUAUUUAUUAAGCAGCAUUGCCCCCAAUAUAGAAAUCGUAAUGCUAGCGCAAGGAGUUAUCGCAGCUAGCGGAUCUGCCUCUAUACAUCCACCAAGUUUGAUAAUUCUAGGAAGAUAUUUUGAUAAGAGAAGAGGGUUUGCGAAUGGUUUAGCUGUCGCAGCAGGUAGCUUAGGAGGGUUCGUCACACCUGUAGUUUUCACCAAACUAAUGGAAGAAUAUUCUGUCAGAGGAGCACUUCUAAUUCAGUCAGCAUUGCUUUUUAAUAUCGUAGCUGCUGCGAGUUUGUUCCGACCGACAGAACUCACAGCGAAAAUGUACCAAUUUGAAGCACAAAAACACAAACGGAAAGAAUGUUAUGAAGCCUUGAAUACGGGCGACCUCGACGAAAAACUUACAAACGGGUCCCUCUUGAUGAUAAAGGAAAUCAAAAAUGGUGUAGAACACUUUCAAAAGGAAGAAAAUGGUACCUGUAAACCAAUGUUAGUACAUUCAGCUGAACAUUUAUCUAUAAAACAAAUUCCUAGUCCAAGUCUUUCACACUUGAGAAGAAGGAUAGAACAUCACCAUAGUAACUCAACUUUGUCUCAGUUUAGCAGUAUACAUAGUAUACUGUCCCCAUCUAUAGCAGAUAUUCAUAUAGAAUCAACAACGAAACAACACAACAGCGAAUCGGCUACCAAAUGCUCGUGUACUUCGACCUUAUUGAAAAUAAUGGAUGUGAGGAUGUUAAAGAAUAAACUCAUAGCUCUGUUUACGAUCGUCUUUUGCUUUGGUUCUGUAGGAACCUGUCUUGGAGUGAUCUUUGUUGCCCCUUUCGCUCGAGAUAAGAAUCUCACUAAAGACGAAAUAGCCAUUACGACUGGUUUAAUCUUUGGAUCUGAAUUUGUCUUCCGAAUCAUACUUGGAUUAUUUGCAGACAUGAAUAUCGUAGAACGAUACCGUAUCGUUCAGGUGUCUCUCUUUGGUACUGGGGCUGUUUUAUUGUCUUCUCCAUUCAUGACGUCAUUUUGGCAUUUUGUCAUGUUCAGUAUUGCGUACGGAUUUUUCAGCGGACCGCUGAUCUCCAUGUAUUCACCGGUGUGUAUAGAUUUUGUGGGAAUGGAGAAAUUUCACAGAGUUAUUGGAAUUCUGAUGUCUUUCCAGGGAAUCUUUCUCGGAGGAUUAGGGCCCACAGUUGGUAUAAUGAGAGACAGGUUUGAUUCCUAUAUCCCAGCUUUCCAAAUGUUAGCUGCGUUCACAAUUGUUGGAGCGUUCCUGCUUUUCUUUAUUCCAUGUUUACGAAAGCAAGAAGUUAUGGAUGAAAGGGAUGUAUCAAUAUCGGAAGAAGAGACCAAAGAAUAGCUUCCCCUUAGAAAAUGUGUUUGGUUUCUGAGAUAAAAGAAGAGCGUGUUUGGUGUGUGUGUCGCGGUCAGGCAUGGCAUGAUAUUAAAGAAAAAGCUGUUAGUCAAUAGUUAAUGUUUUAGGUUAGACAAGUGAUGUAAAUCGCUAUAAUUCAACCGGGAGUUCCCAAAGCUUUUGAAUGCUGAUUUUGUGACUUUUCAUUUAGAUUUGUAUUUGCAAAGUCCAAAUGGUAUCGGAAGGAUUAAAGUUCACGCAAAACGAGUGGCUUGUCUGUACAUCUGAAUGAAACACAUUUGCCUUACUUUAAACACAUCUAUUACUCAGAAAUGCGUGGUUACGCUGGGAAGACUAAUAUGAAAUGAUCUUCUCAGCCCAAAGUUCAAAUUAAAAAUACAAUGUACUUGCAAUUUAUUUAGCAUAUUUUUAACGAAUUUUGGCUUUGUUGCAAUCAUUGUUGUGCUGCCACGCCUUUGUUCUGGGUAUAUUCGACAGAUAAACAGGAUGGAAGCUGUCAAUGUUCUUAUGCUGUAUUAGACCAUUAUUACAGAUUAUAAGUAAGCAAGGGGAGAGUGAUAUAGAACAAGGCUAUUUGUUCUAAGAAUGGAAAAAGGUCGAUGUCACACUUUCACAUAGAUAAAUAAAAAAUGAAAAUACAUCGA